AUGAAGUUGGGGAAGGAGAGGAUAAGGGUAAAAACAAAUGAUAAAGGGAAGCAGAUUGACAAUGGUACUCUUGAAAACACAGCAAAGAGGAAAAACAAACCAAGCAACAAAAAAGGGAUGCUGCUAAGAGGAGACAAAGUUUACAGCAGAACAGUGAGGAGGAACAAUAUCAACGAAAAGGGGAGGAACCAUUGCAAGGAUUAUUUGAGGAGACCUCUAUGGGACAAGAUGCUUCAACAGGCUAAUGAGGAUACCAAUCCCUGGUGUGCAGUAGCUGACUUCAAUGUUAUUACUGCAGUAGAGGAAAAACUAGGAGGGUCUCCUUACAAUAUGAGGAAGAGCAUGAAUUUUAUAAUAGUUAUUGAAGCAUGUGGUCUUGUGGACAUUGGAUUUAAUGGCCACAAAUUCACAUGGUCCAUUAAGAGAGGUAUUAACUAUAGAAUUUGGAAGAGAAUUGACAGGGCUAUGGUUAAUGACUCUUGUCUUGAAAGUAUGCCUCAAACCACUAUCACUACCCUGUCUUCUAUUGGCUCAGAUCACUGUCCUCUGUUAAUGGAAAAGAUUUUCAAUGAUUCAAAUCAUACCAAGUACUUCGAGUUCCUCUAUUGUUUGGUAGAUAGCCCUAAUUUUAUGGAAACUGUGCAGACAUGUUUGGAUAAAGAGGUGGAUGGUAUUGGUAUGUGGAGAUUUCAUCAGAAACUAAAGAGGCUGGCCAACACCUCAUUGGAGGAUACUAUUUUGAAACAGAAAACCCAACUUCAGUGGUUCAAAGAUAGUGACAAAAAUUCUAAAUACUUCCAUUCCAUUAUAAGAGGAAAAAAAAGGAAAUUAUUUGUGCACGAGAUUAUCAAUGAAGAGAGGAAAUGGAUACAAGAUGAGGAGGAGAUUGCCCAGACUGCUUGUGCUCACUUUGAGGAGAUCUUUACAUGUGAGGAGAAGCUUAUCAAUGAAAAUAACUUGGAAUGCAUUCCAAGGAUGGUCAGCAGAGAAUAA